GGGCCGGUGUGUGGGCGCCCGGGCGGCGGCUGGUUCGGACGAGCCCUGCUCCUUGCAGCCGGCGGGCCCCGGGCAGCCCCGGCGCUGGCGGGAGCCGGCCGAGCUGGACGAAGGUGCCCCGCGCGCUCCGGAUACGUACCUGCCGGCGUCUCGGGCGCCCCGGACGGCGGGAGACGCCCCCGAGCUGCGCGCCCUGCUCCCGGCAAAGCUCACCUGUCCAGCUCUGGGAGCCCCAGAGCUGGCCUGCGCGGGACCCCGGGCGCGCGCCAUGGCCCGCUGGUAAUGGACGGCGCGGAGAAGACUCGGCCCGGCCGCGUCCGUGUUCGUUCGAGGGUCUAAAGUCCCUGGAGGAUGACCUAGCACUUCCCGGCCCCACCGGCCUCCCGAGGGCCCCCGUGGACGCGCCUGCCCGCCCCGAAGCUCCGAGGUCGGGCGGCCCCCAAACUUGGGACGCUGCGCACGCCCGGCUGCCCGGGCUCUGGACCAGCCGCGCCUUUUGAACUUAGGUUCAGUACAAUCGUUUCUUUUCCAAGAGGGUUUUCCUUUAUUAUUAUUUUUUUUUCUUUUUCUCUUAUUUUUUCGAUUUUGUUGACUUUUAAUUUUGGAGAAGGGAAUUUUGAGGCGGGGCGGGGGGAAACAAAAGGAAGAACCGCUCCCCGCGAAGUUCACAAAGGGGAUAAGGGACCGCCGGCCGGAGUCGGAGGCCUGGAGUUCAGGAUGGAGGUGGCGGACCCGCAGCAACUGGGCAUGUUUACAGAGGGCGAGCUGAUGUCGGUGGGGAUGGACACAUUCAUCCACCGGAUCGACUCCACCGAGGUCAUCUACCAGCCCCGCCGCAAGCGGGCCAAGCUCAUCGGAAAGUACCUGAUGGGGGACCUGCUGGGGGAGGGGUCGUACGGUAAGGUGAAGGAGGUGCUGGACUCGGAGACACUGUGCAGAAGAGCCGUCAAAAUCCUCAAGAAGAAGAAGUUGCGGAGGAUCCCCAACGGGGAGGCCAACGUGAAGAAGGAGAUCCAGCUGCUGAGGAGGCUGCGGCACAGGAACGUCAUCCAGCUAGUGGAUGUGCUGUACAACGAGGAGAAGCAGAAGAUGUACAUGGUGAUGGAGUACUGCGUGUGUGGCAUGCAGGAGAUGCUGGACAGCGUGCCCGAGAAGCGCUUCCCUGUGUGCCAGGCCCAUGGGUACUUCUGCCAGCUGGUGGACGGCCUGGAGUACCUGCACAGCCAGGGCAUCGUGCACAAGGAUAUCAAGCCCGGCAACUUGCUGCUCACCACUGGUGGCACGCUCAAGAUCUCUGACCUGGGUGUGGCUGAGGCACUGCACCCGUUUGCCGAGGAUGACACGUGCCGGACCAGCCAGGGCUCUCCAGCAUUCCAGCCACCUGAGAUUGCCAAUGGCCUGGACACCUUCUCUGGCUUCAAGGUGGACAUCUGGUCAGCGGGCGUCACGCUCUACAACAUCACAACAGGCCUGUACCCAUUCGAGGGCGACAACAUCUACAAGCUGUUUGAGAACAUCGGGAAGGGGGACUACACCAUCCCCGGGGACUGUGGGCCCCCACUCUCAGACCUGCUCAGAGGGAUGCUGGAGUAUGAGCCGGCCAAGAGGUUCUCCAUACAGCAGAUCCGGCAGCACAGCUGGUUCCGGAAGAAGCACCCACCAGCUGAGCAGCCGGUGCCCAUCCCGCCCAGCGCAGACUGCAAGGACCGGUGGCGGGGCAUGACAGUGAUGCCCUACCUGGAGGACCUGCACGGCUGUGCUGACGACGUGGACGACGAGCUCUUCGACAUUGAGGACGACGUCAUCUACACUCAGGACUUCACAGUGCCGGGUUCUGGAGGAGGAGGCUGGGCGGAGCGCACAGAACCGGGUCCUUCCCAAGGCUGUGUGCGUGAAUGGCACCGACACAACCCAGCUGAAUACCAGGUCGAGGGCAGAGCGCCGGGCCAGCGCCGCCUCCAACCCUGCCCGCAAGGCCUGCUCAGCCAGCAGCAAGAUCCGCCGGCUGUCAGCUUGCAAACAGCAAUGAGGGUGGCUGCCUGCAGGGAGAGCAUGCUGCCUGUGACACAGGACCUUGCUUGGCCCAGAAGUGACCCACCUGUGUCCUGGUCUCAGUCCGUCCCCAGGAGCCCGGCCUGGUCCUGCUCAGUCUUCCCGUCGACAGCUGGCCUGCUGCCCACCGCCCAGGAAGGCUGCCACAGCGCCCUCCGUGCUGACUGCUCCUCUGGAAGCCAGAGGGUCCUGGAGGGCUGUGGCUGGGGGACAGCAGGGACUGGAAUCUGGCCCUCCCUCGGUGGCCGGUGGACACGACCUCCUGCUGACUGCAAUCCUGUGCUGAGCCCCUUCCCCCAGCUAGGGGAGGAGGGAGAGGGCCCGGCGUGGCCCCAUGCCAGCCUUCGCCAUGCACUUUACGUUGAGACUACUGGUUCUCGUCCACCCCAACUCCUCUUUUUACUCUGCCACUGGUUAGCACCUCCCACACCUGGUGAUGUGUUCAUAUCAACCACAGCCGCAGCGGGAUGGGCAUGACGUGCAGGCCUGCUGACCCAGAUGCAUGCCCAUGCCCAAGGGAACCAGGCGGCCUCCUUGUGUGUGUUGUUUGGUUGGUUCCUUUUUAUUUUUAUUUUUUAAACAAAAAAUAAAACAGGUGGAUUUGA